UUCCUUCUUCAACGGAAAACCACAAGAGAAAACUCGAAAAUGGGAAGCGCUAGAUUCUCCUUCAGUUUCCUCGCGAUUUGCGCGAUACUGGCCGUCCACGUGGCGUAUUCCGCUUCGUCUCCCGCCCUUGAUUUCGGUGGUGACCAUUUCUUCUCGAUUAAAUUGGAGUGUAGCGGAUCCAUGGCGGAGUGCCUGAUGGCAAUUGGCGAGGAAACGUUGGACUUGGACGCCGAGUUCGCCAUGGGCUCGGAGAUCAGCAGGCGCAUUUUAGCGACGACCCGCUACAUUAGCUAUGGCGCGUUGCGGAGGAACACGGUGCCAUGUUCACGUCGUGGCGCGUCGUAUUAUAACUGCCGGCCUGGAGCUCAGGCGAAUCCUUACUCACUCGGGUGCAAUAGAAUUACGCGCUGUCGGCGUUAGGUUAUUAUUUUUUUAUAUUCUUCUAUUAUUAUAAAAGUCUCUAUAAUUUAA